AGGUUUUUGGAGGAAGAGCCAGUGUUCAAUUAUUAGAAGUUGGUGCCAAAUUUUGAGGUGUUGCAAAUUAGGAGAAGUUAAGCACCUGAAAAAAAACAUGGCCCAUUUUCCCAACCACCGUGGAUGGACGUACGACCGUUGUUAUAGCGGAAGGAGAGGUUUGAAGGAAGCUUUUGUCAUUGGAGUUGAAGAGUUUGUGGAGACGGCUCGACGAUAUCAAUAUUAUGCUCUUGAUGGAGGGAUUCGUUGCCCAUGCAUGAAGUGCGAAUGUACAAGGAUUUUGAAAGAUGAAGUCGUAAAAGUUUACCUAUACCAAAAAGGGUUUAUGCUUAAUUACACGGUUUGGACAUUUCAUGGUGAAGAAAUUCCUUCCACCUCCACUGCAACUGAAAUGCGGCUUGCAUCAGGUUCGAAUACUAUUGUACAUACAUCUGUGAUAGAUCAAUUUGCCUAUAUGUAAGAGAUGGUCGAAAAUGCUCUUCAUCGACACACUAAACAAGAAGCAUACAAUAGUCCUAAUGAAGAGUCUCCAAAUGAAACCACUCAGAGGUUUUACAAUUUACUGACAGAGGCAAAUCAACCUAUAUUUGAAGGUUCAUUUGAGUCAAAAUUGUCAGUAUGUAUUAGACUAAUGGCAGGUAAAUCUAAUUGGAACGUUCCCAAUCAAGCAUUGGACUUCUUCACAAAAUUGAUGUUAGAUCUGAUACCACCAAACAAUUCUAUGCCGAAAAAUUAUUAUCAAGCCAAAAGAUGUGUUUCAAAGCUGGGAUUGGAAGCCAAGAAGAUUGAUUGUUGUGUUAAUGGAUGUAUGUUAUUCUAUGACAAUGAUAGUGGCAAAAAUGAUGCAUUGUUGGUUAAAUGCAAGUUUUGUGGCUCACCAUGAUAUCAUACGAUGCAUGCAGGACGGAGGCAAAAAAGACCAAUUCCCUUAAAGUCCAUGUUCUACUUGCCUUUAAUUCCAAGAUUACAAAGAAUGUUUACUUCAAUGCAAACAUCACAACACAUGACAUGGCAUGAUGGUAACAAAACUGAAGGAGUUUUGUGUCAUCCUUCUGAUGGUGAAGCUUGGAAGCACUUCAAUCGAAAACAUCCAUCGUUUGCUAGUGAAUCACAUAAUGUGAGACUUGGUUUAUGCUCUGAUGGGUUUACGCCGUACAUUCAGGCGUCUGCAUCACCAUAUUCAUGUUGGCCGGUGAUAGUUACCCCAUACAAUCUACCACCUGAUAUGUGUAUGACAAAGCCUUACAUGUUUUUAACGUGUAUAAUACUAGGUCCAUCUAAUCCCAAAUCAACAAUUGAUGUAUAUUUGGAGCCUUUGAUUGAUGAUUUGAAGAAGCUAUGAAAUGGUGUUUGGGCGUAUGAUGUUUCAAGGAAGCAAAAUUUCAUUAUGAGGGCAGCUUUGUUGUGGACUAUUAACGACUUCCCAGCCUAUGGCAUGUUAUCUGGUUGGAGCACGCAUGGUCGAUUAGCUUGUCCACAUUGCAUGGACCAUACAAAGUCAUUCCAAUUGAGAUAUGGUUGGAAAAGUAGUUGGUUUGACUGCCAUCGAUGGUUCUUGUCCAUUGAUCACCCUUUUAGAAGAAACAAAAAGGCAUUUCGCAAAGGAGAAGUUGAAACAGAUAUGCCCCUGCCGAAGUUGACUGGAUCACACGUUUGGAGAAGAGUGAAAGACUUGCCAAAAGUCACUGAAUGUGGUCAUAAUAGGAUAGAAGGGUUUGGGGAGUGGCAUAAUUGGACUAAAAGAAGCAUAUUUUGGGAUCUUCCCUAUUGGAAAGACAACUUGCUAAGACAUAACCUCGAUGUCAUGCACAUAGAAGAAAAUUUCUUCGACAAUGUCUUCAACACAGUUAUGAAUGUUAUUGGGAAGACAAAAGAUAAUGACAAAGCAAGAAAAGAUUUACCUUUGUAUUGUGGGCGAAAAGACUUAGAGUUAAAGGCGCAAGCUAACGACCGAUUGUUCAAACCAAAAGCAAAUUACACCCUGUCAAAAGACGAGGCAAGAAUAGUUUAUGGAUGGAUAAAGGAGCUUAGAAUGCCAGAUGGAUAUUCUUCUAACUUGUCCAGAUGUGCCAAUGUUCAAAACGUUACUAUUCAAGGGUUGAAGAGUCAUGAUUGUCAUGUAUUCAUGGAGACUUUCAUCCCUAUUGUGUUCAGUUGUUUGCCAACGCAUGUGUUAAAUCCACUGAUGGAAAUCAGUAACUUCUUUAAAGAUUUGUGUUGCACAACACUAAAGGAAAAUUCCCUAAGAAAGAUUGAAGAAAAUAUUCCAAUUAUUCUCUGCAAAUUAGAAAGAAUAUUCCCUCCUGCAUUCUUUGAUUCAAUGGAGCAUCUUCCAAUUUAUCUUGCAUAUGAAUCUUGGCUUGGGGGACCGGUGCAAUACAGGUGGAUGUAUCCCUUUGAAAGGUUUAUGGGAGAAUCCAAACUUUCAGUUAAAAAUAAAGCUAGAGUAGAAGGAUCAAUUUGUGCAGCUUACUUGCACAGAGAGACAACGUAUUUUUGUUCACAUUAUUUCAAAAAGUUCAUGUUGUCCCCUAUUAAUGUCAGAAAUGAAAUGCAAUGGCAAGAUGAACUAUGUGAAGGUAAAUUGUUAGUUUUUCAACAAUCAGGACGUCAUGUAGGGAAAGGAUUUACUCAUUAGUUAACUGAUGCUGAAUUCAACUCUGUUCAUGUCCAUGUCUUAAUCAAUUGUAGUAAAGUUAAGUCGUACCUUGAGUAUGUCAUCAUCCAAAUCUUACCUUUGCAAUGCUUAAAUUUUUAUACACUAAUUCAUUUCAAUUGUACCAGCUCAUUUCUUGUGGCUGAACAAGUCGUAGAAGGAAAUGCGUUUGCUAGAAUACACUCAGAGUUUCCUCAAUGGUUCAAAAAUCAGGUCUGUACUUUUUCCCAUGUCUUGAGCAAGGUUAAUUUGACUCUUGCUUUGAAAUGUUGUUGGUAUCUUUGUAGGUUUUUAAUCAGGCAUUAACUCCCACGGUUCAAGAGUUAAGACAUCUCUCCAAUUGGCCAAUGAGAUGUGUGAAAGAAUGACACACUUACUUCAACAAUGGUUACAAAUUCCAUACACAUGAAUGGUCUAAAGGAAAGAAAACAAAAAAUUGUGGUGUACGUCAAGGGCCUUAUAGAGGGUUCUUAUGAUGAUUUCUAUGACAUCAUUCAUAAAAUAUAUGAGUUGUGGCCUCGCUCCUUGCGCUGCCUGCUCUAAGCCCUGCCGUGUCACCGCCGAGAGCCACCACCACCUCGUCGUGCGCGACGGCUGUAAGCGCGACGGCUUUGGAGUGAAGAGCAAGCAGUGGCCGUUGGGAGUGAAGCAGCUUCUCGAUAACCGCUCCUAGGGUUCUAAUCCAGAUCCCCAUCCCCAAUUUUAGUGUUGCAUGGUGAAAAAUCUCAUAUCUACAUUGCUUCAGUUGUUAUCCCUUUUGUUUCCUUUUUUUUGGUCUUUCCAAUCAUUUGGAUAAUUUUUUUUGUUGUAUAAUAACUUGAUUAGGGUCAGGGUUCAAAUUUGAUCAUCAACAAAUUUGGCCAAAACAAUCUGGGGCAAGGUUUUCAUGCUUUGGUGAUUCAUACUUGGUUUGAGAUGGUGACCAAUUCUGGCACCAAAUACGUCUCAGUGAAUCUAAACAAGUCCAAUGGUCAGCAUUCCACCGCCCUUGGAUUCAUCCGAUCGCAGCGCCUAGGAGCCGUGGUGGUUCCGUCACGGCCACGCAGUUCACACAAGAUUUGGGUGAUCAAAGUUCAAAUUUGAAAAGACUUUCAUGAGAUUAAUCGCCUGAGUGUGAGAUAAAUUAAGGUAAAUGUGUGGUUUAUGUUAUAUGCAGUUUAAUCUAUUAUAGUUUUAUUUUUUGCUUUGAUGACUAUGGAUUUUUUGGCUGAAUCUGUUGAAAGUCUACUGUUGGACUGGACCCACUAAACCCACUUGUUUUUAUCUAUGGUUUUUUUCUUUUUUUUUUCUUUUGAAAUAGAGAAUUUAAUUGAUUUUAUUUUGAAGAUCGGAAGAUGUAACAAAAUGUUUGCAAUUGAAAAGGUCAUGAUCUUAAUUUUCCACUCCAGAAUAUAUCCCUUAGAAGAUAUAGUGGUCUUUUGGUGGAGCAGAGAUAUACUAUUAUUUCCUUUGGACUUCCUACAGGAAGCUAAAAUCAUAGAAUAGAUACAUAAAACGUGUAUUUGGUUUCUGCCUCGUGUUGAAACUAUAGAAUGUGUGUGAAAAACAUGUAAAAGUUAACCUUCAAGGAAGUUUCUAACAACUUUGCAUAAUGAUAUCUAAACAAAAAAACCCUUUUACUACCUCGGUUCAACUCUAAAUUGAGGCACAAGACACCCCUCUACUGCCUCGGUUCACCAACAACUGAGGCCAAAAGUCUAGCAAAAAAAAAGGUAAAAAAGGAACACCCUCUACUACUUCGGUUGCAUUUGAACCGAGGCAAAAACAUACACCUUUUUGCAUUGGUUCUCCUUUUUGCCUCAGUUUUGAACUAAGGCAAAAAGUGAUAGACUUUUUUCCUCGCUUGUAUAUACCUCGGUUGUAGAACCGAUGCGUGUAGGAAAAAAUAACUACUGUCUUUUAGCUUUACUGCACUAGUGAUAUUUGGAGUUGUGAACAAGUCUCAGGGCUCUUCAAUAUCUACUAAAGUUGAUGAGUUGCCUUCUGCUUUCCCUCCAAAUAUACAGCCACAGCCCUUUAACUCCAAACAUGUUACAUGGAAGAGAGCUUACCAAAGACCAUCUGGGGAGUACACAUCUGAAGAAACAGCAAGCAUAACUAGGCACAUAUGUGACUAACCUCAAAACGCUUCUCUCACUAUUGAUGUAGACUACGAGUUGUUUAGUGAUGAUGCCCUACAUUGCUUGGUGGCCUUAGAUGAUAUAAUGAGGGUGGUGGUUGUAGACGUACGAGAUGCUACAGCUCGAGUCCUUGUUGCCACUCAGGAGGUUCAGCCAAUGGGAUAGGCCCUUGGAAAUUUUAUCCUUUGGCCCGUUAAAUUAUCAAGAGCAAUUGUAAAGGAGGUUGAAGCUGUCAAAACCAUUAAAUUCCCCAUCUUAGUGGGAAACGUGUGUCUGCAAGAGGGGAAUGAGACUCAGGAAGUGGAAGACAGGUGGCUGCAGGAGAGUGGACGAUCGGUUUGCUGAGGGAAUAUAUAAUCUAAAAUUUUAAAAGUUGGUUCCAUUUUCUGCAUGCAAUCUUCUCCUCCAAACCUUCUGAACUCGUUUCUCCUCCUUCUCUCUAACUUCUCUCUAAAAUUAUCAUCUUUUCCUCCAUUAAUUCUCACGUUUUCUUCCAUCUGAUCAUCCACCAGAGUGUAUGUAAGGUUGUUGGUGGCAAGGAUCCUCCUUUCAACCGAUCGUUUAGUGGUUUGAACUGGUAGGUUCUUUUACUUCUAAGAAAAUCUAGUUUUUGGGUACAUGCAAGUUUAGUUUCUGGUUGCAUGUAAUUUUCUUCUUCUUUUUCUUAAAAUCUGAUCAUAUUUUCGGUCUUUGGGUUGGUUUGUUUCUUUAAACAGUGAAUCUUAGCAUUUGAGUGUUGGUUGUGGUGCAAAGUUUGUAUUGUGAGCGAUCGGUCUGCUAAGAGGUAAGGGAAGCUAUUAAAUUUAAUUAUGCAUGUGAUGAUGUUGUGUAUGUAUGGAAUGAGUUGAUUGAUGAUUUGUAUAUGAGUGUAUCAAAUGUAUGUUUCUAGGUUGUUGGUGGUUCUGUAUAAGUCUAUAAGGAUUCUGCAAAAAUUAUGCAGAAGAGUUGGAUGUUCGAUCCCAACCGUUCGGUCAUGUUCAGUUAAUAAGUUAUCAAUAGAGUUAUCAUUUUAGCCUUACUAGUGUAUCACCGUUCGGUUUAUAGGAAGUGAUUAAUAUUUCAAGUGUUGAUGGUUAUAUACCUUUAUAAUCAGUUUUAUUGGAUUAGGUAUUUUGGUUUAUGAUAGCUCAUAUAUUAUUAUUAGUAGACCUUGUACUUGGACUAGGCUUAAAAUACGUUCGUUUAUGAUCAAAUACAAGUUUAUGUGUAUUUCAGCUAAAAUGUCUUAACAUUCGGUUUCCUUAAAAGUACUAGGUUUGAUGAAUAGUUUGUAGGAGUAAUCAUAAGUGUUCGGUAUAAGCUCUAGAUCUUUGGUUUUGUCAAAUAGUGAAAUAUAGUUCGGUCUUACACCAAGGGUUAGUAGUUAUAAGUGUUCAAUAUAAGCUCUAAGGGUUUGGUUUUAUCAGAUAAUGAAAUAGCGUUCGUUAUUGCGUUGAGGAUAGUGAAAUACGUUCGUUCUAGUGUGGAGGAUAGUUAAUUAUGAUUCGGUCUUAUAUUAAGUAUUUGGUUUGAUUAGAGUGUUCUAUUCCUAAAAAUGUGUUCGGCUCAUGUCAAAGUUCUAACUAUUAAAUAAACGUUCGGUCAUAUUUGUCUAUUGUUUUGAUCCUUUCCAUUUGGUUGUAAUUAAGGGUGGUGUUAUUUGAGCGUUCGGUCUUCUUAUGUGAAAUGUUGUUUGAUCUUUCAAUGCUGAUGUUAUGGCUUGGUGCUUGUUGCUUAUUACAGCAAUGAUCUAUUAUGUAUGGGAAAUAUUAUUGGUAUUCAAGUAAAAGUUUAUGUUUCAAGUAAUGUGGAAGAGAAUUCUGGGGAGGAAUGUCUCAGUGUAAGGAUAAUGUUGUGGUAAAGUAUGAAUACGGAUAGUGAAAUUCACGGAGUUCAUCCUGAUAUUCUGAUGAUUACCAGUUCUCAGGUAGAGAUGGGUAAGUCAUUGUGUGAGAAUGGUGGGAGGUCCUAGCCCAUAGGUUCUUGGGUGAGUUAUAACGGACUAACCUCGGGUGAGAGCUGAUGGUUUUCCAGUUACUACACCACCCGAGUGCACGAACGGCCUCAAGCUACGUAUGCAUACAAUCUGGAUGGUCAAGUCAAGUGUCAGUUGUGCAAUGAAUCAUGAUAUUCAAGUUAUGUAUGAUAUUUCCGCUGCCUCUUGUAUGUUGUAGCGUUCGGUUUGUAAUGAUUUGUAGUUUUAUUACAUGUAUGAAUGCAUGCUCAAUUGAAUUAUAGUAGCUUACCCUUAUUUUCUAUUUUUAUCCAUGUUGCCGUUCGGUUUUCUAUUGCAAUGAUCAUCCUUGUUGGAUGUGAGCAGAAGGGGAAGAUCUUACGUUGGAACAAGAGUUGGAUGGUGAGACUCCUGUUGAAUAGGAGAUGAUUGUUCGGUCAUAUAGUGUAGAUAGUUUUGGUGAACCGGUCGUUCACUAUUUUGUUCUGUAAAUAUAACCGUUCGGUUAUAUAAUGAACGAUCGAUAGUAGUAUAGGAAGCUCUUGUAAAGUUCAAAAAUUUUAUGGUUGUUUUUGUAAUAACUGUAAGUUUGACUUUAUUAUUGUAGUAAUUGUUCUAUCAUAUUAUUAAAUGUUGACACCUGUAUAUAGUUGUGUGCUAUAUUUUUGGGAUGUUACAGAAGCACAAGGGCAGGAUGAAUGAAUUGCUACAACAACCGCCACAUCAAACAAUUAUGGACCAACUUGGUGUGUUAGCAGUGAAGAUCUCCCUUUCUCCUAUAGAGUUACAAAUGCCUCCUGAAGUCACAAAUAGAACAUCUUCGCUCUCUUUCUUCAUAUGUCAGAGGCAUAUUUUUGAAAUUCUUUCUGGCAUUGAUAUGUUAUGUAUAUCAAUACUACAACUUUGGUUGUUGCAAGUAAAUUUCUACAUUAAUGAAGUUUAAAAAUAUAUUUAACAUUUUAUUCUAACAUUAUUCAUUUUCAAUGUUUAAGGUAUUUACAUGGGUUGAGGAUUGAAAGGAAGAAUAAUCACAUUUAUGGUUUUAUUGACCCUUUUGCCAUUCAAGGAGUUGGGAAUAAAGGUGAAUAGGUCCAAAAGUACCCCUUAGAGGCUUCUGAAAACGGAAAAAAGGGUCACCGACAAUUGUUACUAAUUCUUCCUGAACAGUUUCUUAUGGUUCUCUUGUGUUCACUACACAAAAAACGUCACACUUUGACAAUUAAAAGUACACUAAUAUCGACAAUUUUGGAAACAUAUUUUGGGACAACAAGAGUGUGACCACAUCAAAAAUUGUGUUUAAUUUCAUUUUGUAGUUUUAAUUAUUUUAGUUUUGGGUCAAACUUUAUGACUUUGGACCCAUUUUAGGUCAAUUUUAGGAGAAGCUCAUACUAAGGGCAUUUUCGUAUAUAAUUUUUAUUAAUAAAAUUCUAUUUAUGUAAAUGUUAUUUAACACUUAUUGUUUGAAUCUGUAGGGGUCACCGACAAUUGUUACUAAUUCUUCCUCAACAGUUUCUUAUGGUUCUCUUGUGCUCACUGCACAAAAAACGUCACACUUUGACAAUUAAAAGUGCACUAAUAUCGACAAUUUUGGAAACAUAUUUUGGGACAACAAGAGUGUGACCACAUCAAAAAUUGUGUUUAAUUUCAUUUUGUAGUUUUAAUUAUUUUAGUUUUGGGUCAAACUUUAUGACUUUGGACCCAUUUUAGGUCAAUUUUAGGAGAAGCUCAUACUAAGGGCAUUUUCGUAAUUUGGGGGCUAUAAACCCUAAAUCAAAUUUCACUUUCUUCCUCCUCCUCAUUUGGACGUUCUUCUUCUUAGGUUUUGAGGAGCAUUGGGUGUUCUUCUUCUUCCCCCUUUUUGG